GAGCUCUCGGAGCAGACGACCCUUUGCCAGUUCGUCCCAGUGACAAAAGCAGGCUGUUAGUUUCUCCCACAGCUGCGGAGCGACCGGGGCAGCCCAUGGACGUGCCGGAGCCCGGGGCAGGUGGCCCCACUGCAAAAAUGUACCUCUGGGACCAGCUGGAGGAGGGGAGCCUGGGGACGCUGCUGAGCUUAGAAGAACAAAUACUCAACUCGACCUUCGAAGCUUGUGACCCCCAGAGGACAGGUAACGUGGCUGUGACCCGCGUACUAGCAUAUUUGGAAGCCGUGACAGGACGGGGCCCCCAGGAUGCACGCCUCCAAACGCUGGCCUGCAACCUGGACCCCAAUGGAUUGGGCCCUCAGGCCACUGUGGACUUAGACACCUUCCUGGCCGUCAUGCGGGACUGGAUCGCUGCCUGUCAGUUGGAUGGGGGAUUAGAGCUGGAAGAGGAGACAGCCUUCGAGGGGGCCCUGACCUCCCAGCAACCGCCAUCUGGAUGCCCAGAAGCCAGGGAGCCAGCCAACCUGGAGAGCUUUGGAGGCGAAGACCCCAGACCUGAGCUGCCCGCCACAGCUGACCUGCUGAGCAGCCUGGAGGACCUGGAGCUGAGCAACCGCAGGCUGGCCGGGGAGAACGCCAAGCUCCAACGCAGCGUGGAGACAGCCGAGGAGGGCUCCGCGCGCCUCGGGGAGGAGAUCUCUGCCCUGCGCAGGCAGCUCCGCAGUACCCAGCAGGCUCUGCAGUGUGCCAAGGCUGUGGAUGAGGAGCUGGAGGAUCUGAAGACUCUGGCCAAAAGCCUGGAGGAACAGAAUCGCAGGCUCCUGGCCCAGGCCCGGCAGACGGAAAAGGAACAGCAGCAUCUGGUGGCCGAGAUGGAGACUCUGCAGGAGGAGAACGGGAAGCUACUGGCUGAGCGGGACGGAGUGAAGAGGAGGAGUGAGGAGCUGGCCACAGAAAAGGACGCUUUGAAGCGGCAGCUCUGUGAGUGUGAACGCCUCAUUUGCCAACGAGACGCUAUCCUGUCUGAGCGUACUUGCCAUGCAGAGAGUCUGGCCAAGACCUUGGAGGAGUACAGAGCGACGACCCAGGAACUGAGGCUGGAAAUCUCACACCUUGAGGAGCAGCUGAGUCAGACUCAUGAGGGGCUAGAUGAGCUGGGUGUCCCCAGGCUACUGGAAGUGGCCCAGGUGAGAAGAGCGGGCUGGACCCAGCUGCUGCCCCCGUCACUGGGCGUGGAGAUCCAGGCCAUUCAACAGAAACAAGAAGUGGCAGACUACGCUCUCUCCAGCCCCCUCUGUGGAGUGUGGCAGUGGGAGGAGGGCGUCAACGAGACUGAGACCGAGGAGGAAGCAGAGUGUCCACCUGAAGCCCCAGCUGGGGCAGAGUGUCUCUGUGAGGGAGGCAUCCUCAUCCCUCAUCCUGUCAUCCAUGGGAAACUGAGGCUCAGAGAGGUCACACGUCCCCAGUCACACAGCCUAUGGGGGGCAGAGCCACACCCCCCAGAAGAGAGAACCUUCCAGGGAGAGCCAGCACACCCUCAAGGAGGAAGGAAGGAGCUAUCGAUGUGGUUGCCCAGAAGAGAGGAAGAGGAAGAAUUGGACACCCAGGUCGCGGCCAAUCGCCCCAUCCCUCUGGGAGACCCUCUCCCUGGAGACAUUCCAAGAAGCCCUCCUGAGAGCAGCCCUGCCGAGCCAGAUCUGCAGCGAGCCCUGGUGCCGGUGGUGAAAGAGCUGGUCCCAGUCAGGAGGCCGGACUGGCGCCAGCUCUGCCUGGCGCCCCUGCACCCCCAGCCGCUCAGGGUCACCAGGCCCGCGCUGAUCCCCGCUCCGGUCCUGGGGCUGCUGCUGCUGCUGCUUCUCUCAGUCCUGCUGCUGGGCCCGUCCCCGCCCCCGACCUGGCCCCACCUGCAGCUCUGCUACCUCCAGCCGCCCCCAGUGUGAGCCCCCGAGCAAGAACCGCCUGCUGUGACCACUCUUAGCUGCAAGAGAGGCUCGGAGACCGCGCACCCUCCUGGCGGACAGAGGGAGAAAGAGAUGCGGCCCGGGCCUCCCCACAGAUGUCCUUUGUGGUGCACACCGCCCUCUGGAAGCCGACCAGUGCGCCUUUCACUCAUCGCUUCCUGCUCAUUUGUUCGCCACAAUUAGGCCUUAGAAGAUAAAGCUGUAGAAAAACAGGCCCUCCAAUGUCAGGCUGGGGGCCGCUGGUUUGCUCCCAAGGAUGAUGGGAGCUCUGGGAGAUUUUAUUGCCUGUUUUUGGUUACUUAUGUUUUAAUUGAGACGUAACUUAUAUACAAAUAAAUGGCUGUGCUCAUUUGGGCAGCACAUAUACUAAAAUUGGAACUAUACAGAUAAAUGG